AUGUCAAAACCCGUCCUCAAUGAUCGAUUAGUAAGGUGGUACCUCCAAUUUCAGCAAUUCAAGAUUGUGCACAUCCCACAAAAAGCUGUGAAAGGACAAGCUUUGGCAGAUUUCUUGGCAGUUCAUCCAAUUCCUGAUGAUUGGGAGUUGACUGAUGAACUACCUGAUGAGGAUGCAAUGGUCAUCGAAGUGCAACCACCAUGGAAAAUGUAUUUUGAUGGUGCCGCACAUCGUGAAGGAGCUGGUGCAGGUGUUGUGUUUGUCACUUCUCAAGGAGAAGUCUUGCCAUAUUCCUUCACCUUAACACAACAUUGGACCAAUAACGUUGCAGAAUAUCAAGCACUUAUACUUGGGCUUAAGAUGGCCGUUGAUAUGAGACAACUCCAAUUACAUAUUUAUGGAGACUCUGAGUUAGUGAUCAAUCGAUUGCUAGGUAGCUACGAGGUCAAAAAGCCAGAAUUGCGUCCUUAUCAUGGUUAUGCACAGAAAUUGAUUGGAUGGCUUGGCAAUGUAACUCUUCAGCAUGUGCCAAGGAAGGAAAAUAAGAAAGCGGAUGCCUUAUCUGCUCUAGCUUCCACAUUGACUCUGCCCGGCCAGACAAAAAUCACUAUCUGCCAAAAAUGGAUAGUACCACCAGAUGAGAACGAGGAUGAAGAAAGCAAGCUCGAGCGUUUGGUAGCCGUCGCUGAAUUUGAGAAGGUUGAUUGGCGACAAACCAUGAUCGACUAA